GGAAUAAUCAAGCUGUGAAGUAGGUUUUUGAAUAUGAAAUGCAAAAACAGAUUGAUUUAUAGACAUUUGCGCAGCUCUCCCGGUCAUGCCAGAUGUUCACUGGCUCAUUCAAUAAGAGCUGUGCGUCAGAGAGCAUCUCUGUCAUUCUUUUCGAGGCAUCGUGUCGUAAACGAGAACGUGAGUACAGUUGCGUGAUACCAUCAAUCGUGUUCAGAUGUGUUGAAGUCCGUUAGUGGUUUCAUAAGAUUCUGAAGCUCAAACGGUUCAUAUUCCGACCAUUAGCACUGACAUUCACCAACAAUAUGGUCGUCAACAACACGACUUUAACUCGCUGCGAGACACACAUUAAGUACGACAUCGUUUCUACUAUUGCUCAGGCGAGCUUUGUCAUUUUUAUACUCUUGCUCGACGUGUGUGGAAACUGCUUGGUUUGUGGAGCCAUUCUCACCUAUCGUCGUCUUCGGACUGUCACUAACUACUUUAUAGUGUCGCUUGCGGUUAGCGACCUUUUAGUAGCUGGGCUCUCGAUGCCCUUUCGCAUUCACCACACUCUUCACUCAAUGUGCUGGGAUCUAGGAAUAUCAGUGUGCGAAUUUUGGAUCUUUGUCGAUUUGGUGUGCUGCAGCGCAAGUAUCUGUAAUCUUAGCAUGGUGUCAGUGGACCGUUUUCUUGCUCUCUCCCACCCUUUGACUUAUCUCUCAAUUAUGACCAAGCGUCGAGCCUUCAUAGCGAUAGCCCUGGUGUGGGCUUACUCAGUUUUCAUAGCAGCUCUCUCAUUCACUGGACCAUGGUCUCCUGAUGGUUCCAUGACGUCCAUCCCGGCUUGCCACAAGAAAGAUAAGUACUACUACACAUUUGCGAUCACUGUUAGCUUCUUCUUACCAAUGAUUAUCUUAGUCAUCAAUUAUUCCCUGGUAUUCAGGGUGGCUUUAGUGCAAGCAAGAAAACUUCGCCUACUUUCUAAUCACUCGAACUUCGAUACYGCUGAAUCCUCAGAGUUCGUUAGCCUCAACGGAGGCACCCGUCAGCAAGACCGCCAAAGCGUCGCUAGUAUAGGUCGAAUUGAUCGCAGACAGAGGAAAUCCAUAGUACGUGAACUCAAGGCGACCAAAACAUUGGCUAUCGUGGUUGGCACAUUUAUCAUAUGUUGGGUACCAUUCUUCGUUAUCAUGCUUAUAGUUCAAUUUUGCCCGGAAUGUGUUUAUGAUAAAUCUAUUCUCAAUGAAACAGCACAGAAAGCUAUUGGGACAGUAUUUGUUUAUGUUUUGCCGCUAUUGAACAGUGCGGUCAAUCCAAUAAUUUAUUCGAGCUUUAACACUGAUUUUCGUAGGGCUUUCAGGGACAUAUUAUUUCGUCUGUGCAUGUUAAGCCGUCGCAGUGGCCGGUCAGAUAUUCAUGUUGGAGCAAGAUCGAUGAACGAUCUCGACCUGGACAACGCAACAAUGGCUACGGUUCAAGCACUCAACAUAAACACAACUAAAGAUUACAAAAAACUACUUCCGAACAAUGUUUACAAGAACGGUAACACACCAAAAAUCGUUAUCCACGAGGUGAACUCGGAAAAUCAGGACGAAGAGAUGGUAGCUAAUGAAUGACAUAUCAGAGAGUAAAUUAUUAUUGUUUAAAGUAACCAAGAUUAUCAAGAGACCAGGCAACAGAGUUUUUGUUGUGACUAAAGUAUUAAACUCGCUUUUCAAUUUUCCAUUCUUCUAUUUCUCAUCAUCUUAUGUUAUUCCAAAUGGUCUCAAAUUGUGUAAGGCACGGAAGGAAUAACCACCAUUUUUUUGACACAACUAACUGAGUUAUGAUCGUUCGCUAACUGGUCCAGCAAAGUAAUAUCAAACGCUCCAACUCUACGGUGCGCGGUAUUACAAUUUGUUUGGUAAGCAGAGGAAAAAUCGAUAUAUCAUGUAUAUUACAAUCUGUGGUUGUCUUAUUUAGCUUUGCUCGAGCAUCGCACUGAACACCGGCAUAUGUAACUGUUUAUUAGUCGUGAGUAACUAGAUAUAGUUGCUGAAUAAAUGUUUUGCAAUAUUUCAGUAA